AGAAUUAAUUUCAGUUUCAUUUUCGUCUCUGCCUCUCUCGUAUCAGCUAUCUCUGCUUUUAGGGUUUCAAACAUGUUUUCUAGUAGUCAGUUUGAAGACAGCUCCCCCUUGGCCGGUGGCGGAUUCAUGUCUUCUCAGCUUGGUGGCUCAACUCCAUCUUCUGCUAGGAUCCGUGAUAUGCAGGGGUUGGUACCAGCGACGGUGAAGCAGAUAAGUGAAGCAUCUCAAUCUGGUGAUGAGAAAUCCAGCUUCAUAAUUGAUGGUGUUGAUGUUGCCAAUGUAACUGUAGUUGGCAUGGUGUUUAACAAAAAUUCAAGGUCCUCAGAUUUACGUUUCCACCUCGAUGAUGGAACAGGCCGAAUUGAAUGUAUAAGAUGGGUAACUGAAAGACUCGACACAGGAGACUUGGAUGCCUUGGAAGAUGGGACUUAUGUUCGUGUUAAUGGACACUUGCAAACUUUUCAAAGCAAGAGGCAAUUAAAUGCCUUCUCUGUGAGGUUGGUGACAAAUUUUGAUGAAGUUACUUGCCACUAUCUUGAGUGCAUACAUUUCCACCUGCAGAAUUCCAAAGUGCAGUCUAAAGCUAAUGAGGGUAGUGUUUUGGCCUCACAGGCGCCAGAUUCAUCAUUCGGCACUCCUGUGCGGGGUGCAUCAAAUGGGCACCACCCAGCUUCGACAAAUGAUUUCUCUAUGCAAUAUAAUGCUGAUGGACUCAAGAGUUUUGAUAAAUUGGUUCUGAACUAUCUGCAGCAACCUUCAAACAUUGAUCGAGAAAUGGGGAUACACGUAGACGAACUUUCACAACAGUUGAAAUCUCCCCUAGAGAAAAUCAAGGAUGCGAUUGAGUUUCUUGAAAGGGAAGGUUUGGUUUACUCCUCCAUUGAUGAUUAUCACUACAAGGCUGUAGAAGGUCUCUAAGUUUCAGAGCAUAGCUUAGCUUGGAAUUAGGUGUUAAAUUGGGUCUGUAAUGACUGGUGAUGGAUGUUGUCGUUUCUUAUACUUUAUUUGUAUGAUAUAUUUGCUUGGAUUGGAUUGCACGCUUCAAUCUUGUAGAAUGGAAUUGCAUGCUUCAAUCUUUUAGGCAUCAUUCCUAGGCUGAAGCACACCAACACAACACAAUGAGUUCUGCCUAGUUUUAGAAUGCAAGUAUCAUAUUAUAGUAAAUACAUUUAUAGGUAGAGAAAUUCGUUUAGUGGUAGAUAUCAUAUUAUAUGAAAUAUAUCCAAAGAAAUCUUUUGUAUGAAUGACUUGGUAUUGCCACAAGGGAUGACAUUCUUCUGUUGAUA